UAAAAUAAAAUUAUCGUGGCUGUAAAAAAAGUGGCAGUUAUAUAACAUUAGGAAAAAAAAAACAACAGCUAAAACAACGAACAACAACAACAAAAAAGAAAGAAAAAACAACACCGAGAAAACAAAAAAACAUGAUACACGAUUGCACGAGUGCUUGAAGAAGGCCAAAGGGAUUUUUUUUUUAAAAAAAAAGGCUUUGGGGUUUGAUUAAUCAGUGAUGUGAUCUUCCAUAGAAACGACUCUCCAAUAUCAAAGUUCACUUUUUUUUUUGAAAAAAAGAAUUCUCCAUUUUUUAACCACUCUAUAUUUGGCUUCUGGGGCAAUUUCAGAUGGUGGGUGGUAGCAACAAUCCAGGAGCAGGGCAGUACAAUGACACAACUUUUACGAAAAUCUUUGUUGGUGGACUGGCUUGGGAAACUCAAAGAGAUACCAUGAAGCGUUAUUUUGAGCAAUUUGGAGAGAUUAUUGAAGCUGUUGUUAUUACAGAUAAAAAUACUGGGAGAUCCAAGGGCUAUGGCUUUGUUACAUUUAAGGAUCCAGAUGCAGCCAUGAGAGCAUGUCAAAACCCUUCUCCUACCAUUGAUGGAAGGAGGGCGAACUGCAAUCUUGCUUCAUUGGGUGCACAGAAGACUCGUCCACCACCACAACAUGGAGCUGGACGGUUUAGACCAGCACCUGGGUUGAUGGCAUCGCCUGUUUAUCAUGGUUCCUCAUCAACAUUCAUCCAACAACCUAAUAGUCAAUAUUCCAUUCCAUACUCUGCUUAUGGGUAUACGGGAUACUCCCAAGACAGUAUUUAUCCUUUGAACUAUUAUAGUUUGUAUGGAGGUCAACAGUUCUCACCUUACUACACUGCCGGAGCAUCAAUGACACCCGGAAUGUUUUAUAAUUUUUAUCCAUUUUAUGCUCAAUAUGCACAAAAUAGCCAAGCUCAUGGUUUUGGUGUCCAAUAUCCCCAAAUGCUACAGUAUCCUUAUUUGCCUCAGCAGGGGAUCCUAUCACUUCCGUCUUCAAUGCCUUCGGCAAUAACUCCCACAGGUGAGGAUUUUACAUAUCCGGAGAAUGUUUACAUAGUCCAGUCACUUUCUCUCUUGGUUUAUAAUAUCUAUGGCAAGACAACUUUAAUGCAACAUUCAACAGUAAGUCUGCCGACAAAUUUUGCAGCAACUACAACUACAGCAACUGUGACAACAGCAACAACGACUACAGCAACUACGACAGCAGCAAGAACAGCUGUGUCGUCAUCGGAGACGGCAAAAACAACAUCACCGACUACAGAAUCACUACCCCCUGCAACUAUAGCAACAACUGGGGUGGUGGGAUCGGAGUCAGGUCCUUCACAAAUUUCUGGGACACCUACUGAAAAGAAAACAUCAAGUUAAUUUCUGUUGAGGGAUGCAGCGUCUUUCACAAUACAAUCAAUGAUGUUUUGAAAGGGAAGCAAAGGUAGAGAGUAAACGGAAACAAUUGAAUAACAAAGAAUACAACAAAGUUUAUUUGAGUCAAAAGAAGGAUGCUUCAUGCCUGACCACCUAGCAUAACAAGACAUGGAACUGAAAGAAUUUUAGUAGGGGAUUGUUGUUCAUUCAUGGAACGGGCAUUUUAGAUGUAAAGCUCGCUCCACUAACUGUUUACAGUUCAUUAUCUAUUCGAGUCACCGAUUCAUCAUACAUGUUUGGUAUAGGACAGUAGGGAGAGUCUGAAUUAGUUGUUAGCAUUAGGAGAAGAAAAUCAUAUUCGUUCGUGUAUGCAUGUGCAUGAGGUGGAACCUAAAUAUUGGCUUUGGAUUCUACCUUACAAAUGAUUUUGUCUCGGCUGCAAAAAGCAUCCGAUGAUAAUCUUGUUCAUAUUUGUAGCAAAGUGGUUCAAAAGAUUGAUUUUGUAUCUUUGAACUCAAAUUUGAUUUUAUUGGUCAAGUAAAACGGCGAGCUCGGAUAGCUCACCCAUUAACUUAUAUAAUUUUUUUCUCUUUUCUGUUGUGUUUCAUCAUUCAUGAUUGAUACUUUUCAAAGAUAGGAUUACUUGGAAUAAUAAGAUGGUAUUAUCUCAUUUGUCUUUUA